AUGGUGUAUGAGACCGGACACACGACAGCGAUCCCUCGAAUGAUGGCGACAUUGAAGCCUCAUCAGAUUAAAGGCCUCGAGUGGAUGCAGGGCAUGGAAGCGAGGGAGGACACUUCAGGCGGUGUUCUCGCGGAUGAUAUGGGCUUGGGCAAGACCCUCGAAGCCCUGGCGUUGAUUUGCAGCGACGUGCCCGAGAAGGGACAGCCCAAGCCUACCCUCGUCGUGGUGCCUCGAAUACUGGUGAAGCAAUGGGUAGACGAAAUCAAGCGUUACACCCAUCUGAAAGUUGGAUUCCAUCUUGAGACCAGGAGUGAAUUCACUACCAAUCGCUACAAACGCAAAUACGACAUCGUUCUAACAACCUAUACAAUACUCUCUAGUCUCUACAGGGUGGCAGAGUCAUAUGACCGGGAGGAUGUAGAAGCCACGAUCCGCGACUUUGUCCUCUUUGGCAUCGAGUGGCGCCGCAUUAUCCUUGACGAGGCACAUAUGAUUCGGACCAUCGACACAAAGAUGUCACUCGCUGUCCGAAAGCUUAUGGGCCGGAAAAGAUGGUGUAUGACGGGCACCCCGAUCUUCAAUCAUAUUGAAGAUAUCUUUCCCUACUUCUUCUUCACAAACGAGAUGUCGUGGGAGGAGUUUCAGGAUCAGAUCUUGGACCAAGCAGCAGUGCCCGGGUUGGCGAAAGCUAGAGAACUACUGGCGCAGAUCAUGCUUAGGCGGCGGAGGGAGGAAUGCUCCGAGUUGAAGCUUCCAAAAAUGUCUCAAGAGGAUAUCCUUGUGGAUCUCGGCCCUGAGGAACAAGCAAUAUACCAGAAUAUCUACUCCGACGGCGUCAUUUGUGCCAAUCCAUUUUUGCCGGAGGGCACAGUCCUCAAGUCCCUCGACUUUUCAUACGCCCGACUGACAUGCCAGAGACAGGCGGCAUGCCAUCCGGCACAUCUCGUCCUUAGCUCAAAGUCACAGGCCCUUGAAGGCCCUGUAGUCGAAGCCGACAGGCCGUUGUGCAUGAGAGAACCUUUCGAGCCGCUAGAAACAGUACACCUCACCGAAGAUCUUGCUAUGGAGCAUGGACUUGAGUGUUACAGACAGGAUCUGCCGGACUGCAAGCUUCCUAUCAGCUCAAAGAUGAGAGAGAUUGGCCGGAUCAUCGAUCUGAUCCAUGCCGGCGAUCCAAAGGAUAAGACUCUGGUCUUUUGUAGCUGGCGCUUGAUGCUCGACCUAAUGAUUCAUUACUUGGAGGGACAGGGAAGAAAAUGUCUCAGACUUCACAGCAAGACAAACGAGCUCCAACGAGAGGCGAUCCUGCAGGGUUUCAAGCGCACCAAAGGUCCAAACAUCCUGCUCAUGACUCCAUUGAUGGGUGGUAUUGGUCUCAACCUCGCCGCGGCGAAUCACGUCAUUCUGGUCGACCCGUCUUGGUCUCCCUCCACGGAAAGACAGGCCAUCAGUCGAGUCCACCGAUUGGGUCAGAAGAGAGAGAUGACGGUAUGGAAGUUGCUAGCUCGCGGCACCAUUGACGAGGACAUUGUAGAGAAACAACAACGCAAGAACUUGAUUAUCUCUCAUGUCGUCGAGGGCGAACCCCUUGGAGCGGGCUCAGUUCCAGGUUUAGAAGAUUUGAGCAGCUUGACCGUGAAGGAUAUAGCUAAUCUCUAUGUCGAGACACCCCAUGGUACGACGAGCGUCUCUCAAGACGAUCUUUGA